AAUUUUCCAAAUGUGUGGCACUGGUAACGGUAUAUUCUAAGAUGUGUCUGCAACGCGGCGGCCGCCUCAUGUCAGUUUAUUAAAACAUCUUUCUCUGUGCGUUAAUAAGAUACAGUGAUCACGAUGGACACACACCAGAUGCAUCAAAUGCCGAAUAAAAGCGAGGCAGAACUAACUCCAGAGGAAAAAUGGAGAGUAGAGCACAUAAAAAUGCAUGAACAGCAUAGAGGUCACGAAUCUAUGCAUGCAGAGAUGUUGAUUAUAUUGUUAGUGACAUUAACUGUAGCACAGAUUGUAUUAUUCGAAUGGAAAAAGAGGCACUUUAAGUCUUAUCAGCUUGUAACAUUAGUAGCCAUGUGGAUUAUUCCAUUUGGAAUUAGCUUGAAGAAUCACUGGUGGAGAUUUAUAUUUUUAUGGCUUUUAUCUUCUUGUAUAACAGGUCUAGUAGUAAGGAAAGCCAUUCAGAGACCAAUAGAAGGUACCACGCCUAGAUUAGUGUACAAAUGGUUUUAUUUUAUCUAUAAGCUUAGCUACGCACUGGGUAUAAUUGGAUAUAUUUUAAUAUUAUUUACAUUUUUUGGUUUAAAUAUCAUAUUAAAUGUUAAGCCUCAUGUUUGGAUGGAUUGGGGCAUGUUGUUCCUAUUUUAUGGUCUUUACUUUGGAGUAUUAGGAAGGGACAUUGCUGAAAUAUGUGCCGACACAAUGGCGUCGCACAUUGGGUAUUAUACUCCAGACAGUAUGCCGACCAGGGUUUUGGAGCCAAAUGUUUGCGCAGUAUGCGGAAAUAAACUUCUAGUUUCCGAGCACGAGGAAGGUGUGAUUGAAAAUACAUAUAAGCUUACUUGCGAACACGUUUUCCAUGAAUUUUGCAUUAGGGGCUGGUGUAUCGUGGGAAAAAAACAAACCUGUCCUUAUUGCAAGGAGAAAGUUGACUUAACAAAAAUGUUUCGCAAUCCUUGGCAACGGCCACACGUUUUAUAUGGUCAAUUGUUGGAUUGGUUAAGGUGGCUGGUUGCUUGGCAACCGUUAAUUUUGUUUCUAGUUCAAGGUAUCAAUUGGGCUCUGGGCCUUGAGUAAGUAACAAUGUUGGUGAAUAACCACAUCAUUGUUGUUAUUGCAACACUAAAGAGAAUGAUUAACUUAGUCAUCUGAUCAAUACUGUGUUUGUAUUUUUGUACAUAUGUGCUGUUAUUAUUUUUAUUACUCAUAACAAAUAUAAAGAAAAAGGUAUUUUAUUAGAUAGGAAAUGUGUAAUGCCAGUGAAACAAAUAAUGCUAAAAAAAUCCUACUCAUGUCUAAACGUUAAUAUUACACUUUAUAAUUCUGAAAGAUAUAUAUGUUUCUGAAAAUAUAGUUAAACGAAAUCUUACGAUAAGUAUACAAGACGUCUUAUGUUUUUCCAUGUGAUACAAUCCAUACUAGCAUGUUCUAUGAACUAAACUAAAAAAAUGCCAUAUAAACAUGAAUCUCAAAAUGUUUCAUUAGUUAUAAUAAAUAUAAAAUGUACAAAAAUUAUUUUUAUCUACGAUUAUAUAACUUUAAAAUGUUGAAAAUUUCUUGAACAACAUGGAUGGAUGAAUUUUCGUAAGACUAUUGUCAGUUGUGACACGAUUGUGUUACGAAAAUUGAAAACUAUGCAUAAAUCUAGUUUAGUCAAUUUUAUGGUGUUCUUGAUAGGAAAAACUCAUCUUUUUGUACUUGUUCUUGUCAUGUGUUAAAAAUAACUCAAUAUUGCUACGAUGUUAAGCUUGUAUUGACAAGAGUGAAUGAUACUUUUGAAAGGUAAAACUUAGAUGAAAAAUUGUUCCAUAUUUUUGCUAUAAUUUUUUAAUAAAGUGUUUUGAGACUCAUAUUUAUAUAUUUUUUUGGUUUAUAAAACAUACUAUUAAAGUUUUAUGGAAAUACGUGGAACAUCCUGUAUCAAUAUGACUUUAAUUAAAGAAAUGGAAAAAAAAUGUCAAGAUUAAAUUUUUUUUAUAAUAAUAACCGUUAAUACUCAAUAAAUGAGUGAACUAGAUGUAAUGUAAAUAUAUACCUAAAAAAGAAUGUCACAUAUUAAAUAAAUUAUCGAGAGUGAUUUAAUGUAAAAAAUGGUCAGAUAUGUGGCGAUAUUUUUGUAUUUUCCCACUAAAGAUUCUUUGUACACGUAUUAACUGUUUUAGAAAAUGGUUGUUGCACAGACAAUAUUCUGCGAAAGACAUGAGGAGGAUUAAAUUAUUGUACAUUGUGUAUUAUCUUCUAUAUUGCUCUAUAUUUAAAUUAAUUAGUCCAUCUCAACACUUUUAGCAGUUAAAUAUCAGACGAUAGCGUCGUUAAAUUUCUCUUUAUUAAUUUUAUUUAUACUUCUUGCAAAUGUGUUCUAAUAACUUCCUACUAAUAACAUAUACAUUCCAUAAUUCCUAAAAGCCCAUAAUAGGUGCUGCUUCCAAUUUGCUUUACCAGAAAAUUACAAUGCAGUUACAAAAAAAAAAAAUAAAGAGUGCAUGUAUAUAUAAUUCUUAUAUUAUAUAAUUUUUGUUCACAAAGUGUUCAUAUUACGAUAUAAUUUACAUUCAAAUAUAUUAGGUUUUAUGAAAUAAUUUACAUGAAUUGUACAUAUUUUCUUUUUUAAAUUUAACUUUCUCUGAUUAAUAAUGUUUUGUAAUUGUGAGACUCAAAUCGACAAAGUAUUUCGUUGAUGAAAUAAAUGAUAAUAAUUAGACAAGUAUUUAUUUAGUACUUAGAAAAACAAUUUUUCUUUCGAUUAGAGAAUAUAAAAAUCGAUAGUUUCAGUGUUAAUUAUACAAGCAUUCUUUAAAAAUACACUUUUUCAUUAAUUUGUGUUUUCUAUAAUAAAACCUUCAUUUUUAAUAACAUUUUUCAUAUAAAUAAAUCACAAGUUUCACAGCAUUAAAAAAUAGAGAUUAAAUUAUUAUAAUACAUAUAUAUGUAAAUCAGUUGUAAUAUAGUUGCACUUAACUCUGUUGCUAGUCGCUCUAAUUGAGAGAGAUUGUCAAAUGUUUCUAUGUAACAUUAAUUAUUAAUGUUUCCUUUUUAAGAUUGUUUUAAAAGAGAAGAAUAUCUGAUAUAUGUUACAUUCUCAGAAAUCAAUUAUAACUUUGAUUCCGUUUCUUUUAAAUAGGCAAUUAUGAAAUUUGUUAGUUGCUAUAUAUAUGAAAUAUAUUGCGUUAUUCGAUUAUAAUAGUUAACGGGAACGUAACAUGUAUCUCUUCCAUCUUGUUUUUCUACACAGAAAAUGUAGCAUAAUCGAUUGUUUGUAAAGAAUAAAGCCACUGUGAAGAAUACGUCUUUUGCAAUAAAAUUAUGUACAAAACGA